CAGUCUCAAUUUUUCUCCAGCAUCUGGAGGCUGUUCAUUGCACCAAGACAUCUUUGGGGAUACUUACUGUGGGAUUCAGGGUGGGGUGCAGAGGAGGACGCUGCAGAGGCGCCGACUGCAGGGGCAACCUGUGAAGCUGCUCCCCAGGGUGUCCUCGCCCCUGGACUCGCGGAAGGGGACCGCUGCAGUUUUACGGUCCUAUAGUGAUUUCCCACCUUUCAAGGAUUUUCCGAAGACAUAUAGCUCCCAGGUAGAGUGAGACUCAAGUACUGCCUUGGUCCACGAUGGCUAGGGAAUCAAAGGAAAGCGCAGCUUUGGACGCCCAGUCUUCAGAGGACCGGACGGGGAUCCUGACCGUGAAGGUGGAAAAAGAGGACGCCUCGGUCUUGGCUGCAGAGGCGCAUGCCCCAGGCAGCCCGGCUCCGAGCCCCGAGCACUCCCGCCAGCGCUUCCGAGGCUUCCGCUACCCGGAGGCUGAGGGGCCCCGCGAGGCACUGAGCCGACUUCGGGAGCUCUGCCGACUGUGGCUGCGGCCUGAGACGCACAGCAAGGAGCAGAUGCUGGAGCUGUUGGUGCUGGAGCAGUUCCUGACCAUCCUGCCGACGGACCUGCAGAGCUGGGUGCGGGAGCAGCAUCCGGAGAGCGGGGAGGAGGUGGUGGCGCUCUUGGAGUAUCUGGAGAGGCAGCCGGAUGGGCCGAUGCCGCAGGUCCCAGGUGGUGGCCAGGGGCAAGAACUGCUCUGUUGCAAGAUGGCAGUGUUGACACCCAUUCAGAGGCCACAAAAUAUCCAAUUGCAGCCAGUGAAGGCUCUGCUCAAGUGUGAAUCUCUGGGAUCCAGUCCAGACAGAGUUCUCCAGGUUCCAAGGCUUGCCCCUGGGGGGCGCUGCAGAGAAGAUGCCGCCAUGGUAGCCACCAGGUUCGCCCCAGGGUCCCAGGGGCCAUUUAAAAUGGAAGAUGUGGCCCUGACUGUCUCCCCUGGAUGGACACAGCUGGAUUCAUCUCAGGUGAACUUGUAUGGAGAUAAAAGGCAGGAGAACUGUGGCAGCCUGACCUCCUUGGGUGGUGUGGAGCAACCGAAGAUCAGAGAGCUGCCUCCAGAUGAGGAUCAUCCAACACAGGAGCCUGGGCAGAUACCACGCCACCUGGGGGAAGCCACUGGCCAGAUUCCUGCAUGUGCAGAAGCUGGUGAACAGGAGGGCCAGUUACAAAGAAAGCAGAAAAGUGCCGCAGGAAACAGGCGGCACUAUUGCCAUGAAUGUGGAAAGACUUUUGCUCAGAGUUCAGGCCUGACUAAGCACAGGAGAAUCCACACUGGGGAGAAACCCUAUGAAUGUGAGGACUGUGGCAAGACCUUCAUCGGAAGCUCUGCUCUCGUCAUUCAUCAGAGAGUUCACACUGGUGAGAAGCCAUAUGAAUGUGAAGAAUGUGGCAAGGUCUUCAGUCACAGUUCAAACCUUAUCAAACACCAGAGAACUCACACUGGGGAGAAGCCCUACGAGUGUGAUGACUGUGGGAAAACAUUUAGCCAGAGCUGCAGCCUCCUAGAACAUCACAAAAUCCAUACCGGGGAGAAGCCCUACCAGUGCAACAUGUGUGGUAAAGCCUUUAGGCGGAAUUCACAUCUUCUGAGACAUCAGAGGAUCCAUGGCAAUAAAAACCUUCAGAAUCCUGACCCUGGACAGACCUGGGAGAGUCAGGGGAGGAAGGAAAGCCAGUGGGAAAAUGUUGAGGCUCCUGUGUCUUAUAAAUGUAAUGAGUGUGAGAGAAGUUUCACUAGGAAUAGAAGCCUUAUUGAGCAUCAAAAAAUCCACACGGGUGAGAAGCCCUUUCAGUGUGAUACAUGUGGAAAAGGCUUCACCCGAACUUCAUACCUUAUUCAACAUCAGAGAAGCCACGUUGGGAAAAAAAUUUUAUCUCCGUGACCCAUGGCUUACAUGCCAGAGUUGAUGUUCUUUCCUCAUUGAACUGAAGUCACCCUGGAACCCUUGCUGACUAGAAAACUGUGAGCUGAGCGUUAUUUCCCACCACAUAUCAUCAGGUGUUUGUUAGAAAAUAGAGUCUGGUUGAGAUGAAUUAUCUUAUACAACCUAGAAGGUGAUUGAAAAAAAAAAAAAAACAAAACUUGGUUGAUAGGAAGCUAUGAGAGCAUUGUCUGGAAGAGGUUGGACCUGAAAUAGUUUUCACCUUUUAGACUUAAACGGGCGUCCAGGCUGUCUAAUUAAUCUCUCUCAGCCAGCAUUUUAUGAUGUCUUCUGGGUGGAUGACUUUCUGAUUUGGGGGGCUGGUGUUUCUGUUCUUUUUGCCUCUAAUGAAUCCCUCACCUGUUGGUUGGAUCAGUGGUGUCUUAUCCCCACCCCACUGUGCCUUGUAUACAGGUGCUAUAAACAUUUAUUAAAUAUACCAGUGAGGCCCCCGCGGGGGGACCGCCCCAAAAAGUAAAAAAAAUUAAAAAAUAAAUAUACCAGUGAAACGACCUUAAUAGCUCUGAAAAUCUAAUGUCUGGAUUCCUGAUGACUUUUUAAGGCCACUUGUGCCUGUCUAAUUCUCUGAGGGUCUAGAUUCUGGGUCAAUCGAGUAUAUUUAUUGCCAAGUACAUAAGAUUGUCAGAGUUGGGGUAGUGUGUGUGUGUGUGUUGCUCAGUCAUGUCUUACUAUUUGCAACACUAUGGACUGUAGCCUGCCAGGCUCCACUGCCCAUGGGAUUCUCCAGGCAAGAAUACUGGAGUGGGUUGCCAUUCCCUUCUCCAGGGGAUCUUCCCAACCAAGGGAUCAAACCUGGGUCUCCUGUAUUGGAGGCAGAUUCUUUACCAUCUGAGAGUUGGGGUAGAGGAAUCCAUAUUUCUUCAUCAGCAUAGGAGUUAUAGUAAGAGUGCCUUAAACAGCUUCUUUAUCAUUAAGACAUUGUGAGACUGUUGCAUCCAUACAACUCCAGUCUGUAGUCAGCAUUAACGACAUUAGUUCAUAUUAAUUGUGCUAUUCUUUAGGGAAAACCUUUCGUAUUCAGGUAAAUAAAAAACAAUUGAUCAAAUCAGAUCAAAAUGGUUAUGUAUCUUGAUAUAUAUCCUAUGAUGCUCAACAGCUUGUUUCUCACUUUUUGAUUAUCUUGGACCUAACCAAGUGCCAAGACACCAUUGAUAUCCCUCUCUCCCAACUUACAGCCCACAGUGCAUCAAGGCUUAUGCCAGCUAGGCUUAAACUUCUUCCAGGCUAGAGGAUUCACACCAGAUAUUUAUAACAAGUGUCAUUCAUGUUUUCAAAACUUCCCUGUGGUUGGGGAGAGGAAGACUGGGUCAGAGGCAGUCAACAAUGAUAGAGACCUGAAUAUGGGUGGUAGGAGAAAAUGUAUCUUUUUGGAAACACAUUGGGGGUCCUGGGAUCUGACAGAAAUGAUUCCACAACUUCCAAAGUAUCAACCUGUGAAGUCAAGACUGUCAAUAAGAAUUUCUUGGUAUCUCCUGUUUUCACUCAGAUCAUCUUCUGUGAAGUUCUUUAAAGACCAAUACCAUCUUCAUAGGUGCGAGUGCCCUCUCCCCAGCUUCCAGCUUUACCAGGUUAUGCCAAGAAUGGAUUCUGCUUUGAUGAAAUCCUGGACCAGUUUUGUUCAGUCACCCGCAGAACGUUUUCUGUUCUCCAGUCCCUUGCUGGAUUCCUGCUCUGAAGAACCCCAGGCUGACUAGGGACUUUGCAAACUGUAGGCCUCUCCCAGUAUCACUUCCCUUGGGUCUUUCAUUGCCUUCAUUAUUCCCUCAUUGGAGUAUAAUUUAUUUUUUAUUUUUUCAUUUAUUUUUAUUAGUUGGAGGUUAAUUACUUUACAAUAUUGUAGUGGUUUUUGCCAUAUAUUGACAUGAAUCAGCCAUGGAUUUACAUGUGUUCCCCAUCCUGAUCCCCCCUCCUGCCUCCCUCCACAUGGAGUAUAAUUUAAAACCAGUUUUCUAAGAACCUGCAGACUUUCUCCAGUUAGACUUUUCUAGCCUGUAAAAUUUUCCUUUUAUAUUAACUGUAUUUUGGGUACCUCCAUAAAGCUUACCAUUUCCUCAUCUCUCCUGACCUUUAUUUUUCCUAAAUGUUUGUUAAUAGCCCUGAUCUUAAAUACUGUUCAUUUUUCUUUGGUAUUUGUUUCUUACAUCAUGUGAAGAGAUAUACAUGAGAGCCUUUUACAAACCAGAAAGUAUUAUACACUUACUCAAUAAGUAUUAUCUAUUGAGAUUAACAAAGGACCACUGUGCCUCCUUCACUCUUUCUGCUCCUUCUGAAGCUAAAAAUCUUCUCCAUGGAGGAGGGGAGGAUUGUAGAAAAUACUUUUCAGUGCCUCCUGUGCCUGACAAUGAAGGGGAUAAAGCAUAGAUACACACAUGCAAACAUACUUGGGCUUAGACUUUCAGUAUAAUAACAUUGAUAAGACUUGCACAUAAAAAUAAGACAGUGCCAGAGUUGGGACUCCAUACUUCCACUGCUAGGUGCAUGGGUUCAAUCCCUGGUCAGGGACUUAAGAUCCUGCAUGCCAUGCAGUACAGCCAAAAAAAACACCAUUUUUUAAAUAAGGCAAUAUCCUGACCGGUGACUUGUGAAUGAUGAACUGAAUACUGUGAAAGUUCAGAGGAGAGAAAUGUUACCUCUGCUGUGUGCUAUUUUUAUUACAUCCACAGGGUGAUACAUUAGCUGCAGAGACUAAAGGACUUAUCAGAUUUAGUAACUAAGGCAAGUUUGAAGAAGUAGUCCAUUGUAAGGGCCUUCAGUGCCAGAGCAAGGGGUUGAAAUUUUAUUCAGUAACACUGACAUUUUUAUGAUAAAAAUAUUUAGGAAGCUGUCUGGCACUAUUGUAUGAUUUCAGAUUAAAAAAUUAUUUUUCUGAUAGGCUUUUAGACACCCCACUUUCAUAUAUAACAGAUGUGUGUUUAUAUGUAAGUGAGUUAUAAAAUGGGUUUUAACUGUAGCCUAUUUAAAAGGAUGGUCAAAAAAUUAUUUUCAGAUGAAAAUUAGACCCAGUAAAAGAAGCUACUUAGUUAAGAUAUAAUCAGUAUAUAAAGUGGAAUAAAAUAUCACUUUUCAUGUUUUUAAAAAUUGUUUCUAGGAAUUUUAGUGUCAGCUGACCAUUCUACUUUACUUCUCCAACUGAAGCAAUGCUGAAAUCUACCAUUUUAUUUUUCCUUCAAUUUCAUGAAUAAGUAACUAAUUAUAACUAUUUUUUUUAACUUGGGUAAAAUGAGUAGUUACAAUGAAAAAAGAUUUUUGAUGAAUAGCCCUCCUAGAUGUGUUCUUAUUUUUUAAACUGAUUUACUUGGCUGGACCAAGUCUUAGUUGUGGUAUGUGGGAUCUUGUUCCCUGACCAGGGAUUAAAGCUGGGCCCCCUGCAUCAGGAGCUUGGCAUCUUAGCCACUGGACCACCAGUGAAGUCCCCUAGACAUGGUCUUAAUUUUGGUAAAUAUGUGUGUAAUCCUACAAAAGAUUCGGUUUCUCUGCCUUCUUUAAAGGAAAAAACAAAUAGAGUGCCAGCUUACCUCACAGAAUUGUGAGGAUCUGUCCUACAAAAAAGAAGUGCUGGUAAAUAAUCUGAAAACAAUAACAUUGAUAGAGAAAUGGAGAUUAAAUGCUCUGUUAGCUGAAACCUCUAUAUAUUGGAAUGACAAUUGUUUAAUGGUAAAGGCUAUCUUACUAUCUUAAAAAAAAGUGUCCUAACACUAGUAUAUAACAGUGUUGAUCUUAUCUUGUAAUGAUGUACCAAGCCAUCUGUGUGGUUGCAUCUCAGUUAUUCAUAAUGAGAACUUUAACCACUCAGUAAACUUAAUUUACCUACAUUUCUCUAAACACACUUUUAAGUCUGUCUUUUGUUUCCUUGUGAUAGUUAAAAUUGGAUCUGAUGGAUUCAAAUGAGGAAACCUUUUUUCAGUUAGCUCUGUAGAUGUGGUACCUAUUUUGAAUGUUUCAAAUGGAGUUGCUACUACAGAAAUACUUGGGGAUGAUUAGUUUCCUGUGAACUUUUUUGUUAGCAUAUUAUUUGUAGAAAUAUCCUUUUAUUUCUGCAUCUACUCACAUUUCUCACUUUAUCUAUGGCAUUAGCAAUUCCUUUCUGUUUACUGCAUCAACUGAGACCUUGGAAUUUGAGCACAGCAAGCAUUCCUGGUCUCUUUUCCCAAUUAAUGACUGAACAUUAUGAUAUAUUCUUGCCUGUUCCAUGUAUUUUGUUUAUUAGGAAUUGAGUUGUCAUCCAAAAUCCUAUGCACAACUUUCCAAAUUCCUGUUUUUAUUCCAAUUUCUAAGCUACUUCAAAUUUUUGAGGGUUUAGAAAAAAAAUCUGAGCAAUCCUAAUGUAACUUAUUUGUAUAAAAGUAAUAAAUCAUGUGAUUAUUC